ACAGUGGUCUGUCACUCUGCAGUCAACAUCAUUUGUCGUGGAAUGCAAAACUAAACAAGUUAAUCCAUUUUUCUGUUCACAAAUAAUUCAUUAAGAUACUUUCACAAGCAAAUUUUUAUAACGUUAAAAAAGCAGCAAAUUUCUUUAUUAAACCUGUACCAAGUUUUGUGAUACAUUCAUAAAAUAAAAUAUAUUUCAAUUAGUUCAUAGCACUGUUAUUUGGGGUGUACUAUUUUUGUCCGCUCUGUAUAGUACAUACGGUGCAAAUGCAUUAAAUUAAGUUGUUUGGAUGAUAAUGAUAUUUGCGCUGGUAAGUUACGAAGUCGUUUUUAAUAUCAUAUCAACGGCCAAUACAAAUGCAAUCUCUAAACAGUAAACAAGACUUAAGAAUGUGCCAUACCUGUGUACCAGACAGCAUUGCGUGAUGAACGUUUAAAUAUAGCGGAAACAGUAAUGCACAAUUUCAGGUUGCUACCCACAGGGCAUUGUAAUGGUGAUAAUGUCGUGUAUAAGUGAUGUAGCUUUACAUGAUCGUGUGCCAGUCCUUUGGCAGCGAAUUGAAGAUGCACAUUAUAGUUAUCUGGAAAUUGACGAUAGCCCUGAAAAGUUGCAGCAAAAGAAAAAGUUACAAGGUUACAUCACGGAGUACCUGUCGCUAGUUCCUAAUGAGUAUAAAUUUGGUCUGCAAGAGACAAGCAAAGUGUUUCAAAGGACGGUCAACGAGCUACCUGACUAUAGUGCGUACAGAGCUGGCAUCGGUUGGGCGGCAAUGGCUCGCUAUGCGGCUAAUCUAUUGGCCCAGCCCUGGAGGAAGGAGUAUAAAGUCGUUAGGUUAUAUUGCGGGUUCUACAAGCACGAGGUCGAGGCCAACCUCGUGGGCGGCGAGAGCUUGCUGCAAGCGAUGGGGUACCGGUCCCUCGGCGGAGGCCGCCUGGCUUUGGACGGGCCCGUGUGCCCUGACAUGGCCGCGGCCGUCUCCCGGGACGCUCUCAUCGCCCAGUGCGAGAGUCAGAUAAUGGCAUCGAUCUGGGAAGGAGUCUGGAGCGGCGGCGGCCGCGUGUCGUGGGCCGCCGUGGCUGCGGAGAGGCUCGCGCCCUCCCGAGGCCUGUUCGACGAAGACGGCGUCUACUCCAACAUGCCCGCGCCCGCAGCGCCGCGUCGCCACCCGCCCUGCCGCUGCCCCGACGUGGCGUCCUUCGCGUUUCCACCCUGCGAGAUGCCGGCGUUUCCCUACGCGGUGCCCUACUACUUUCCCCUGCGGCCGUCCUAUGCGCUGCCCCCGCCCCUCUACGCCCCCGCGAAUUCGGGCCCGAACGACGCCAUCGACGGGUCGAUUCCCCGACGGCCGGUCGUCCCGACGGCGCGGUUGAUCGAGUACGACUCGGAGAGAGACGAAAAGCGGAGUCGCAGAGUCGACGGCCCGUCGAGGUCCGAAUCCCGGCCGGCGCUGAAGGCCAGAGAAGACGGCACCGGGACAUACGAGAGCUGGGAUUACGUGUUCCGAAACUUAUCGAGCAAGGACAGAGAGGGAGACGGCGGGAGCUGCUUCUCACAGUCUUCGGACAGAGACUCGCGGACGCUCGACAGGCUCGAGAGAGACGACCGGAGGAAGUAUCGGCCCACGACACUGGACUUGGAAGACGGCCUUCGAGCUUUGGACCUCGACAGAUCGCACGACGAAGAAGCGUCUCGCACCGCCAAAGUCAACGAGAGUCUGAUGAGGCUUAAACGCGAGCAGGAGUCGAAGCGAGUCAAGAGGAGGCCGGAAGAGAGGACACCGGAAGUGAGAAAACCAGAAGAGAGGAGACCGAAGAAGACCGAAUACAUAGGUAAUCCGAGCGCCGACGGUCUCGUCACGCCGAAAGUGGCUCCGGAUAAAGUGAAGUUGUUGAGCAAGAGAGAGAUAAAAGAUAGGAAGGAAGUACUGAAGCUGACGGUCACCGGUCAGGUGUCCAGCGCUGAGGUAAAGAAGCUCAAGAGAACGGCCAAGUCGGCGGCGGCCGAAGCGGAGAAGACCAGGAAACCCUCGGAGAACGGAGUGCACGAGGCUUACGGUCCAACGAGCGUUGCGAGCUCCAGUCAGCCCUCGGGCCUCGAGACUCAGCUCACGGUGUCCUUGGAGGACGGUCCGGCCGAGAGAUGGCAGUGCGGCACGUGCACUUACCUGAACGCGAGAGGCCUGCACGUGUGCGACAUGUGCGGCAAGUCCAAGAGAGCUCCCCGAAUCCAGCCCUUGACCUCCGGAGGCAGAGAGUGUCCCGCUUGCACGCUGGUCAACCGACGCGACGCCAAGUCGUGCGACGCUUGCGGGACCGGCUUGGACCGUUGCCCCACUUAUAUUUAACUGACCCGCGUUUCUUUUUUCUCAGUUAUUUAUCUUCCACGAUAUUUAGGCCAUCGGUUUAAUCAAACGACUUAAUCUAUUUUUUUUCAACACGAUCCAAAAAAUUAGUGAGGCCUUUUUCUUCUUAAUCUCUCUCCGUGUAAGGUAUACUUUAUUCAAAAGGUUUUGGGGUGCAAAUAAAAAAAAUACAUUUCGAUUAUUUCUUUGUGACUGUCUUACAACAGACUUAUCUAAAUUGAAUUGAGCCGCUCUGGGUUUGUACUUUGUACACGUCGCGAAUCGCGAUACAUUCUAAGCUGAAAUAUUGAUUCCAUGACGAUUGUUAUUUUAUUAAGAUGCAUUUCUACCAUUUGUUAGCGUGUUUAAUAGAUAUAACUUUUAGGGGCGUCACUUUUUCAAGUAUUAACUGACGUCAUCACUCAAAUGCAGCUCCAUGUUUUCUUAACCCGUCCCGUUUAUCUGUUUUACACGAGUUUUGUCGGCGUGGGGUUGUUGAGUUAUUGUGUUUGUGGCUUAACAUUUUAUAUAGAGCUAUUAGGUGUGACAGCCCUUUGUUAUUUAAUGUGAUUAUUGUUAUUUAUUGUAUAAUUAUUUUAGUUUUGACUCGCUUGUAACAGGGUAAUGAUUGGAAUAGGUCGCCGUGUUUCCUCUCGAGGACAAUGACGAAUCAUUAUUAUUAAUGGUGGAGUCUUAUCGAGAAGAUCAUCGUUUAUAAUAUCGGAUAUAAACUUAAUUAAAUAAUUUCGAUGAAUCGUCAAUGUCUCAAAUUAAAGAAGUUUAGUAUUUGAAAAUAAUGUUAAUAGUGUUCGUUUUACGCCUUCUAAAAUGCUUUAACGUUAGAAUAGUUUUGCCUUUUGAUUUAAACAUAAUAUUGAUCUGUAAAUAAUACACGUGUACAUAGUAGAAAUUAAAUUAUUAAUAUAUUUAUUAUAUACAACUCGAA